GUAGCAACCGCAGUCACACUUGGCCACAAUUUUUGUUUUUGCGCUGUUAUUCCUGUUACUUUUUUUCGGCAAACACGCGUUUUGUUUUUUUCCGAGAUUAAUUAAUGAACUACGAUUAAUGGGCGGCGCAAGAUGCGAAUAGGGCAAUCGAGUGCGAAAAAUUGAAUAACGAGGAUCCAACAUCCGAAAUCAGCGGCCGAGUCAGAGUGCGUGCGUGUGUGUGAGUGCUCGAGUGUGUGAGUGUGGGCGUUUAUAAAUAAAACGCUGCGAAGCUGUGUGCAAAUAGCAGACGCGGAUAGAUGAAAAAUAAAAGAAUGAGCACGACUGAAAACAAGAGCGACGGAAAAGAAAGUGUUUUUUAAUCGAAUAUCGCAGAGUUUUUAUUAAAAUAAAGGCGAAAAAAGCGAAGGCGAAAGUGCAUUAUUGUGCAUAGAGGAAGUGAGAGCGAAGAGCGAGCGUGAGCCUGAGCCUGAGCGAGAGCGAAAGAGAGCUAUAUGAUCCGAUUCUGAUCCGAUCCGAUCCGAUCCGAUUCUGAUCCGAACCGAUCUGUCAACCUGUUAAGCAACCCUGGAGCUGGAGCCACAAUCGAGUGCUUAAAUGGAUGCAACAUCAAUAAUCACGCAAGUUUCCCGCGACGAUGAGCAGUUGAACGUCUAUCCCAGCUAUCCCAAUGACAAAGAUGAUGUAGAGCGCCUGAAGCCACAGAAGCGAGGAUUCAUACAGUCUCUGCUCUGCUGCUGGCGACGGAAUCGCACGAAAACCAACCAGAAUGGGACACAAAUCGAUGGCUCGACCACACCGCCGCCACUACCGGACCAACAAAGGUACCUACUACCUCAGGUUAGGCUCACCGAUAUGCACAGGAAGUGCAUGGUCAUCGAUUUGGACGAGACCCUAGUGCACAGUAGUUUUAAGCCCAUACCGAAUGCAGACUUCAUAGUUCCGGUGGAGAUCGAUGGGACAGUGCAUCAGGUGUAUGUCCUGAAGAGACCGCAUGUGGACGAGUUCCUGCAGAAGAUGGGCGAACUAUACGAGUGCGUUUUGUUUACAGCAUCACUAGCCAAAUACGCAGAUCCGGUUGCAGAUCUGCUAGACAAAUGGAAUGUGUUUCGUGCAAGACUGUUUAGGGAAUCGUGCGUUUAUUACAGGGGUAACUACAUUAAGGAUCUAAACAGAUUGGGGCGGGACCUGCAGAAGAUUGUCAUUGUGGACAACUCGCCGGCCAGCUAUAUCUUUCAUCCGGACAAUGCAGUUCCUGUUAAAUCCUGGUUCGAUGACGUGACCGACUGCGAGCUGCGAGAACUGAUACCGCUCUUUGAGAAGCUCAGCAAGGUGGACUCGGUCUACUCGGUGCUCUGCAACUCGAACCAGCCCCUGAACAACCAGAGCAACCAGCAGCACCCCCAGGAGCUGCAGCAGGCCCCCAACCAGCUGCAACAGCAACAGACCAUCUCUGCCACGACAGUCAUUACCCAGGCCACCACACUGUCUGCGCCGACCAUCUUGAAUCAACAGCAGCAGCAGCAGGCGCUCCAAAGUCCGCCCAGCCAACAGAACGAGCUGCUGCAAAAGACGUAACAUCAGUGGGAACUAAUGUUUAUAAAUAUAUGAUAAUUGUAUACAUAUUACAAGACCAAGCAAGCCAGCCGAUAAGCAAGCGAAAGCGAACCCCCUGACCCCACACUCAUUAACCCCUGACCCCUGACCCGAGGAAGAGAAGCAACUACCACUUUGCUAGCAUGCUGCAUGUAGACCCGCUCGACACCUAGGCUAAGCAUAAGUUUUAUAUCGAUAUACAUAAUUUUUACAGACCCUAUUUACACGGCACAUUUGUUAUUUAUUAUUUUGUUUUGCUCUUACAACACUUUUUAUAAUUUUUUAAGUUUUAAAGUGUGUGUGUGUUUUUUUUAACAACUGCUAAUGCUAAUUGAUAAUUGCUAAUAUUGCGUUUUGUACGUACCCCGUCUAAGGGGUACACCCCUACCCUACCCGUAUAAUAAACCCCUAUGUAUACCCCCCA